AUUUUGAUAGCGCACGGUUUUAUCGUUAUCAGUUCGAUUGGCCAUAUUCCAACAGGCUAGAUCUCUUUCAGUGAACAGUUUAACUGAAUAAACUCAUAAAUGGGAGUGUUACGGGAGUUAACAAACGUUCAGAUCAUUUAAAAAGUCCGGAUAUUACAUUCGUUUUUUUUUUAGUUUCAGUGUUUUAACAGUAACAUUUAUUAGAUAUAACUUGCGAUUUACUGAACUUGGUUAAAAAAAACUACAGAAAGACAGAAAUGUUGCCGUUUUAAACACCUAACAAAGGAUUGACUUUUGCUGAACAAGUUUUUUUUCUAGCUUGGUGAGAAAAAAUGACGGACAGGGACAAGUACCACCGCGCGGCCAGGGAUGGAUAUCUGGAUAUUCUGAGGGAGGCUAAUCGGAGGGAGAUGAACUCUCCCGACGAGGACGGAUGUACGCCCCCUAUGUUAGCGGCACAGCAUGGUAACCUGGAGGCAUUGAGAACGACUAUCACCCGAGGAGGUGAUGUCAACAAGAUGGACCUCCUAGGUUUCACAGCAAUGCAUCAUGCAGCUCGAAAUGGCCACUGGAACUGUAUAUCAUUCCUCAUCAGUUUUGGCGCCAAUAUUUGGAUAAUGGACAAUGAUAUGCACACGGCGUUAGAUAUCGCUGCGUUGGAGAACAGAGAGGAUAUUGUUAAGUUACUAGAUGCGGCGCAAAAUGAACAGAUAAGGAAAAAUCCUAAAGUUAUCCAGAAGUUGAAAGAAAAGGCGAUGAGAGACGCAGAUAAUAACUUAAAACAAUACGAAAGAUUGCAGAAUAAGGCUUCCAAAGAGUUGGAAAAGACAAGACGACAAAUGGAAAGACAAGAAAGUACUCAAAAUGGCAAUGACUUCAAAGCGCCAAGUAAGGCAAGUUUCGUAAAGACCCUGACACAAAGAAUAAAAGGAAAUACUACAAAAUCGAAGGCCACGCGUGGAACUGCGGCGUUUUCAGACUUGGUGAAUGGGACAACCCGAGGCUCGCAUGCAAGGACAUCAGACGGACAAAUAAAUGACUUUAAUAUAAGUGAUUUUGAUGACAGUGGCAGGCGAACAUUGCGAUCAGUAAGAGGUACUGCUUCAAGGAAAGAUGGACAAGUUAUAUACAUGGCAAACAUUGACAUUGAUGGUCCAGAUGAAAAAGUAACCGACAAUAGCGCAAGACCUGCUUUAACAAACGUAUUUCCUGGCGCAGCAGUAGGUGGUGAUUCAAGAGAUUCGGGUGUUGACGAAAGCUUUGAUGAUGACGAAAGUACGCCUGGAAUGUUUAACCGUCCUAAUUUCGGAAACAUAUCUUUUCUUAAUCGUUUCCAACACACAAACAGUUUUCAAAACCCAGCAAAUAUUUCAUUAGAUGAAAACGAUUCAGGAUAUCAAAAUGGUGAUGAUAUGCAGAACGGUUUUGAAGCAGACAUUAAUGAUACAAAGAGACUGAGCAGUGGGACAGAAUCUUCAGCUGGUCUUGUAGAAGGAGAUAAGGAUUUACCAUGGAAAGCUGAAGAUGUUGAGGAGUUGGAUGAUGAAGAUGAUGACUCUGAAUACACACCGGUCAUCAUGUUCUUGGAAGGCUGUGGACUAAGACUUUAUACACAUUUGUUUCUAAACGAUGAUGUUGACAUGGACGCACUAAUGAUACUUACCAACCAAGAUUUUCAAGACAUGGGCCUCCCGAUUGGACCAAGACGAAAACUUAUGGAUGCUAUUCAGAAAAGAAGAAUUGUUCUAAAUGAACCUGCUCAAAUGUAUGACAGUCAAUUGUAAUCAGACUAGAUAAACUACAAACUUCAUCGCAACAUAAUCUGCUUUUAAACCUGUCUUUGUCACUUAUCAUAUUUGUGGCUUUUAAUAAGACUAUGAAAACGUACAUAUAAUUAUCGUUGUCUCAUAUCAGUCUUGGAUGUGUUACAAUAUUUGGUCUAAUUUUGGAAAACUUAGCACGACUUGCUUUGAAAACAAAAAUAGGUCAAAUAACUGAGAGGUGUAAGAGUCUUCCGUGUCAAACCUGCACUCUUGUUUGUUGCAUUUAGUAUUUUUAUGUUACGUUUCUACAUGAUGGUAAAUGAUUACAUACUUUUAGUCUUAAUGUGUACAAAGAUGGAAAACUGUGCUAACCAGAAAAUUUAUUGAAUGUGAUAAAAUGGGAAAACUACGGCAAACGCCUAGUCGAUGAGACACCUAUGAGAUAUUUUACUCGGAGACAUUGCUUGACAUCACUGGUGACGUGUCUGUUUAUUGUAUAUAUUACACAUGACAUAAAUUGUGUUUGAUACACAAUGUAUCUUCCGUGUAUUUUUGGAAUACGCAACAUAUUUUGAUGUAAAAACGUGCCAUAAAAUAGGUUACAUUACAGUUACGUGCAAAAGCUAUGCGUCUGACUAACGUUCUAUCGCCGACAUUAUUGUUCUAAUUAGUUGCAGACUAUGUAGAACACACAUGCAUUAUAUCUUUUUAUAACCAAGCUAUAUUUCAACCUGAUUUUCAAACUCCAUUUAUCUGUCUUGUGAAGUUUUCGAACGAUGAUAUCGUUAAAGGAUUAUUCACAGAUUUCGUGCAUUAACUUCUGAGGAAGCCCUUGGACUGGAUUAUAAUAUGUAACAGUCUGAUUCGGUGAGAUGGAUUCUGCACAUGUUAACGUACAAAAUGGUGUAUUGCCACUUUUAUUGUAUAACAUAAACAUAUAUUAAAUAUAAUUAACGGGUUUUUUUUCUCCCAACAUCAUUCUCUUUAUACAGACAUAUAUAUGGUUAAACCCGCCACUCCGAAGCGGUAAAUGUUUUAUUGUUUCGACUUUUCAUUCACAUAUUAACUUCCUGAACAAUAAACUUAAUUUAUGAAACUUCGAUCUUAGACAUUGUCAUUUAUGAAGACUAUUCACCCAACAAAGAGGUCGUAGAAUUUAUGAUUCUUUUUGUAAGAUUAGAAGGUAAGAAUCCCGUGCAAAUACUGAGAUAAAUUGUUAUUUUUUUGUAUACUAUAAUAUAAUCUGUCACUGUGAAGGCAUGCCAGAAGUAUUGGACCGCAUAUUCGCAUUUUACUGCAUUUUAUAUUAAUUAGAUACUAUCUUCUAAGAGUCGUUUGACUUUUUUUUCUGAAAGCGUGACACACGUGCACAUUGACGGAAUUGUAUUCUACUUUUACAGUCGCUUAUACACAGAUAGACUGAUUACCAGGUGUUUUUUUUUUGUACGUAAAAGUACAACAAAGUGAACGAUGUAUAGUACAAUAAAACACCACGAGAUAUUUGAUUAAUCGAUUUUAAAGGUAAUGUUACAAUAUGCUCACCAACAGAGAAAAACGUUAGAUGGUUGCAUAUCAAAAAAAGCAACAACAAAAACCCAACCUUUUAGCGGUGAGAUAACAGGACGUGACAUAUUGAUUGCGGGGGAUUCCCUACAUAAGAUUACGAAACUAUAUCCAAUAAAAAUAAAUGUACUUACCUUCAAGUUGUUGUAUUUAGUAGCAUUGGUAAAACCAAGGUCAUCGUUCUUUUUAAUAUUUUUGUCGUUAUUACUUUACCAGUCUAGCCAUAACAAAGGUUCUUAGUUUUAAUUUACGAGAGAAGAACAUCACUUCCCACUGAUCAUUAUUUUAAGAUAUCAAUGGACAUCCUUGCGGUACCAGCAGGAUCUUAUUUAUAUAUGCUUUGUGUGUAUAUAUAUAUUUGUAUUGAUUGUGUAUCAGUUUAAGUAACAUGUUUUUCAAGCUUAUUAUGUUAAAUGUUAUUGAGUAUUAUUUAGAUGUUAAGGAAUAAAUGUUCGAAAUAAAGAUUCAUAAAAUAA